AUGCUGACGCGGGGCCGCCGCUCCCGCCGCUGCUCUGUCCCGGAUGGCGUCCAGUUGCCCAAACUCGCCCCGCCGGCAUCGUACCCUCCUCAAAAAGAAGACCCGGCCCUGGGCAAGGAGGAGAAGGAGGUGGAGGCACAACGCAUGAGCGGCGGCGGCGGCGCCCGGGGAGGGGGGAUCGCUCGGCACCCGGGGGACUUUGCAGCAUCACCCUAUGGAGAGGCAGCGGGCAGCGGGACAGUGGCGAGUGGGCGCUUCCCCCACCACCCGGUGGUGCACAUAGGGUUACCCUUUCGCGCCGCCGCCGCCGCUGCCGCCGCCGCCAACACGCUGCGCGCCACGAGGAGAACCCCUACUUCCAACGGCUGGCUCAUCAGCAGUCACCGGAUGUCCCCCCCCGACUACAGAAUGGCUCUGUCCUACAGUCCCGAGUACGCACAACGGGGCGCUCGCAUGGACCUCCAUUACGGGGGGGUGCCGCCCGGGAACGGCCCGCCAGGGCUCGGGGGGCCCCGGCCGGUGAAACGCAGGGGCACGGCGAACCGCAAGGAGCGGCGCAGGACUCAGAGCAUCAACAGCGCCUUCGCGGAGCUGAGGGAGUGCAUCCCCAACGUGCCCGCCGACACUAAGCUCUCCAAGAUCAAAACCCUCCGUCUGGCCACCAGCUACAUCGCCUACCUCAUGGACCUGCUGGCGAAGGACGACCAGAACGGGGAGGCGGAGGCCUUCAAGGCAGAGAUCAAGAAGACAGACGUGAAGGAAGAGAAGAGGAAGAAGGAGCUGAACGAAAUCUUGAAAAGCACAGUUAGCAGCAACGAUAAGAAAACCAAAGGGAGGACUGGCUGGCCGCAGCAUGUCUGGGCUUUGGAGCUCAAGCAGUGAGCACGACAGGACUGGAGGAGCCGUCCUCUUAGUCUCGGUAGUGAGCUCUUCUCUGAGGACUCUUUGUAUUUGGAAUCGUCCAGUUUAUUUAUGUGCAAUUUCUCCCCCAACCCCCCCAAAAUGUGGAUAUUUGAAGGAGAGGGAAAAAGCAUUCCAUAUAUGAAGAGGAAACUCCAGCUUGGUAAGGGGUAAUGUCUCUAAAUGUUUCGUGAAUGUUAUUUGCUCUGUAUAAAACACAUGGGGAAAACAGAACCAUAGAAAAGGAAAAAAAAAAUCCCUCCCUGGCAUUAGUGUGUAUGUGAAGUGUAUCUUUAUUACUUGGCCUUUUGGAUAUAAAUAUUCAUGGGAUUAUAAAGCUAUAUUUCAACAGAAGCAGUUGCACCAAUGUUUCGAUUGACUCGGUAUUUAGUGUUGUAAUUUUGUUGUGGUCGUUCAGUAUUUGAAGAUGUUUUCAACAGUUACUGGGUAUGUGCACUUCCGUCCGUAAGGGGAAAAGUGGAAUCUAAUUAAUAUUGAAGGUGUAAACGUUGUAAGUACUCAAUAAACCACUGUGUGUGUUUUUUACAAAACAAAAGGAAAAAAAAAAAGAAAAAGAAAAAAAAAAGAAAAUCCAAA